CAAGGGCGCCGAGGCGUUGCUAGGGUUGCUGAGCAGUAUGCGAAGAGAGGAGUUGGGACUUCGGGGAAUUGAAUAGACUUGUUUGGGGUCUCCCGCCGCCGCCGCCAGCAUGAGCAACGAUUUCCUGGCGGAUUUGCAGUGGGAGGAUGGCUUCGCCAUCCCCGUGGCCGAUGAGUCUAACAAGGAGCUUGAGAAUAAGCUGAUGAAGAUGUACAAUGAGAAAACAACUCUGCAAGAUCAGCUUUUUGACUUUGAGGAGAGAAUUAAUGCCAUGAAGGCUCAUUUAAAAAAUGUCAAUCAGGAGUUUUCGUUCACUCAGUCUCUUCUCAGAGCCAGAAAAAAUGAGAUUGAAACAGAAAAACACUUAAAGGCUGUUGCUAUGAGAGAAAUAGGACGAGUGGGUGCUGAGUUAAAUCGAAUGGAAAAAGAAAUGACUUCAUUGAGAGAAAAGAAAGCUGAAAGGGAAAAUGACGUAUUUAGGACCUCUCAAAAACUGGAGUAUUUAAGGAGUCAGAUGAACUGGGAUCAGCAAGCUCUGGAGGCUUGGUUAGAGGAAUCAGCUCAUAAAGACAGUGACGCAUUUGCCCUCCAAAAGUACACACAACAGGAUGACAGCAAAAUUAAGGCCCUAAUCCUACAAAUCGAGAGGCUUACGUUAGAGUGCAAUGAGAAACAAAAGGCACUCGAUAAUGAACUUACUGAGACCCUGUCUGCCCAGAUUGAGCUAGAUAAAGCAGCAAAAGAUUUUCAAAGGGUUCACGCUGAAAGACAAGAACUUAUCAAACAAUGGGAAAAUACAAUAGAGCAGAUGCAAAAAAGAGAUAAAGACAUCGAUCAUUGUGCUUUGUUAUUAGCAAAGGCAAAACAGGAGUUAAGAUCAAAAGAAAACAUGGUUAAAGAAAAGAUCAAGUUUUUGGAGAAUGAGACAGAAAACAAUGCAGAAUAUGAGAAGAAAAUCACACUUGCUGAUCGAAAAGCUUUGAAACUUCGAUUGGACUUUCAAAAUUGCGACAAAAGUCGAUUGCAGCUGCAGGAAGAGCUGGACACUCUCAAAGCUACAGUGACUAGAACGUCGGGUGACCUGGAAGCCAUUCGGAGAGAAAUGAUAAGCAUGAAGAAAAGAAUUCAGGAAAAAAGUGAAAAGUUAAAUGAAGCUCGAGAACAGAAUGAUGCACUCAACAGAAAGCUAAAAGAUGUCAUGGAGAAGACUAUGAGUGUGGAAGAGAAAGCUGCCAGAAUGGAGGAGAUGCUAAAAGAGGAGGAAAAAACUGUUAAGGAUGUGGAAAAUCAUUUGAGUAAAGUAAAGGAUACGCUUUUCAAGAGUGUUGAGAAGCUGAAAGUUGCAAUGCACGAAGAGAAGUCUAUUCUAUCUGAAAUUGAGGGCACCCAAUCCUCCAUCAAAAAUCUCAAUCAGCGCUUAUACAGACUUGAUCUAGAAACCCUGAAGCAGCAAGAGAUCAUGUAUAAUCAGGAUUUUUAUAUUCAGCAAAUAGAGAGACGAAUGUCACGGCUCCAGGGAGAACUUAAUGUGGAGGAAAAAGCGAUCCUUGAAACAAGACUUGUUGAUGUUAGGAACACUUAUGAAGAAAAAAAAUGUACAAUGGAACUAUUAGAAAGCCAGAUCAAGAAACUUGAAAAUGAUCUCUUUUUUCUCAAGAAGGCAAUGUAUAAAAGUGGCGAAGAAAAAGAUAGUCUUUUGAACAAAAUAAGUGAACUCAAUCUUUUCACUGACCGAUCAGAAAAAGAAUUGCAGAAAGCCAAAAACCUGAAGCAGGACUUAUUGAUCGACUACAACCUUCAGAAGCUGGAAUUGAAAAAACUCCGAGAACUGCUUUACUCUAAAGCUGGUGAAGUCCUUUCCCUGGAGAAACGAAAGCAGCAGUUAUACACUGCGAUGGAAGAGCGGACUGAGGAAAUCAAGGUUCACAAGGCGAUGCUGUUAUCCCAGAUCAGAUACGUUGACCAAGAACGGCAAGGCAUCAGUGCUGAAUUUCACGACCGACUAAGUCAUAUUGAAAAACUGAAGAACAGAUAUGAACUUCUUACAGUCAUCAUGAUGCCUCCUGAAGGGGAAGAGGAAAAAUCACAAGCCUACUAUGUGAUAAAGGCAGCCCAGACCAAGGAAGAGCUUCAGCGGGAAGGCGACAAUCUGGACAACCAGAUCCACAAGGCUGAGAAAGAGAUCUAUGCUCUGGAAAACACCCUGCGAGUGCUGCACACCUGUAACUCCAACUACAAACAGUCCUUCAAGAAAGUCACUCCAUCCAGUGCUGAAUAUGAAGUAAAAAUUAAACUGGAAGAACAAAAAAGAAAUGUGGAUGAAAAAUACAGGUACAAGCGAAGACAGAUGAGGGAACUUCAGGAGGAUAUCCAGAGCAUGGAGAACACUUUAGAUGUCUUGAAAAAUCUAAUAAACAAUUGCAAAGAAAGGUUUUCAGAGAAGCACGCUUAUGCAGUUGAAUUAACCAAUGAGACCGAAGAACAGGCGCCCAAAAUAGAGAGAGUCCAGAGACAGUGUGCUAAACUCAUCAAAGAAAUCCGUCUUGCAAAGGAAACUGAUGAACCAACUAUAGAAGAGUAUGAUAUCAGCCUUCGAGAAAUCAAAGAAUAUAACAAAUCCAUUAACAAAUUGUUAGUUAGGACCCUAGAGGAAACUCCUCAGUUAUUUGACAUCUUCCAAACAUACUUUCAGCAGGUGGGUUUGGAAUUUCCACCAAGGACUAAGGAUAGCUACCUCAUGUCUCGGUCUUCUUCUCAGAGCUCAUCAGUCAGGUCAAUGAAGAGUGUUGGAAAUGUUGUCCCACUUUCACCCAAAGUCGUGCAGUUGGACUUGCCAUCUUCACCAGGCAGUUCAAUCAGUCCUACUAGUACAAGUAGUAGUAAAAGCCCAAAGUGACUUGUUUUAGCCCCAGAAUGAAUUCAUAUUUAAUAAUGUUUUUGAAUACUAAAGAAAAUGUAGGUGAAAUCUGUACUUAGAUAUUGUAUAUUAGUCUACUAUAUAUACAUACAUACAUAUAUAUAUAUAAAAUGUUAUUGUUGGAAAUUUUAAGUUACUCAGUUUUACUUGGGAAAAUAUAUAAUAAAAAUGAACAAUAAUCACUCAAGUAAAAAACAAGCCAUUUUUCUUUUAGUGUUUUUUUCCCUUACUUUGUCCUAGAAAUUUUGUAUUCUCAGUAAGGUUGUAUUUUGUAGGCAAUUUACUGUCUCUUACCUUACUUUAAAACAGCAGGCAUUGCUUUAGAACAGGGCAUGUUCAUUAUGAAAUAAUUCUUUUGGAUGCAAACUAUGAAGAUGAUGUGUUUUAAGAGUAGUCAUUCAAGCUACUAGGAAUCAAAAGACUUCUCGAACUCUGAAAAUCUUAGAGCAGUUUUAACCCUCAAUGGCUUUAAGGAUCAAAAGCCUUAGACUUCUGGGACACCCCAUGCUUGAACUUUCAUCUUCCUAUUCUGCAGCAAGUGAUAACCCAAGUAUUACUUGUUAAAGGGACUUCUCAAUUACAAGCAAAUGGCAUACUAUAUUUACUUUAAGGAUAUAGUGAUGGUGGUGUGGGGGGGGUGUUAAUCCAGUUUUAAAAUUCAUUUUCUAACUGUUAAUAAGUUUCCCAGUUAUUCAAUGUGCUCUAGUAAUUGAAGGGCUGAAACUGAGUCUUUUAAAUGAAUCCUAAGUUUUUAAAUUUAUUUUGAAAAGACACAUUUGUAAAUUAAUAGGUUGUUUAGCAUUGUGAUUUUUAGCAAUCUCAAUAAGAAGGAAAAUUGCAAUGCCAUGUCUGAAAAGGAAAAUUGAUAUUGUACUGUAACGAGAAGAAAACAUAAAAAGAAUUCGACUAAAAGAGUGUAGUGUUAGUGAUCACAUACCAAACAGGAUGGGGGAAUUUCCUGGCAAAAAUGCAUAAUUUAAUUUGUCCUAUACUUGUGAAAUUUCACAUUUUCAAGAGAGUAAAAAACUUUUUAUAAAGAUGAAAAAAUGUAAAACCUUGGAUACUGUGAGGGGAGAAGAAAUGUCAGAUUCAAUAAAGAUUUUCUUGGUUAAUGCUUA